AUUAGCGUAGUUUGUGUAAGUACUUUGACAAUGGUGCAAGUGCGAGUUCGCGACGGUGUGUUGGAAGGGGAAGUGUUGGAUAAUGUGCUCGGAGGACAGUACUACAGUUUUAAGGGGAUUCCUUAUGCUGCACCUCCAUUAGGAGACCUGCGAUUCAAGGCGCCACAACCAGUCAUUCCUUGGGAUGGAGUCCGCAGCGCUAAGGCCCACGGACCGAUCUGCCAUCAGUUCGACAUGUUCACCGGAAAGCUGUGCACAGAACCAAGCAGCGAAGACUGCCUCUACCUCAAUGUGUAUUCGCCUGAUCUCCAGCCUAAAAAACCGCUUCCUGUAAUGUUUUGGAUCCAUGGCGGCGGUUUCUUAAGCGGCAGCGGAAACACAAGCUACUAUGGACCCGAUUUCCUAGUCAAUCAAAAUGUUGUCCUUGUAACUUUUAAUUACAGACUAGCCGUAGUAGGAUUCUUGUGCCUGCACACAAAAGAAGUACCAGGAAACGCCGGUAUGAAAGACCAAGUAGCUGCUCUUAGGUGGGUGAAAGACAACAUAAGGCAUUUUGGCGGAGAUCCUGAUAAUGUAACUAUUUUUGGAGAGAGCGCCGGUGCAGGGUCGGUCACCUACCACCUGGUAUCUCCAAUGUCCAAAGGGCUGUUCAAGCGAGCUAUUGCACAGAGUGGCGUAAAUUUGAGUCAUUGGGCUCGAGCGUUUGAGCCUCGAUUGAGAGCUGAGGCCAUAGCUCGUUUAUUCGGUAAAGAUACCAAGGACGACAAAGAGCUGUAUGAAUUGUUUAAAUCCUUGCCAAUCGAAAAGUUAACAAAUCCCGUUGCGCCUCUUACAGUCGAGGAAGAAGCGGGGAUACGUCUCACUAUGUCUUUCACUGUUGUUGAUGAACAGCAGUUUGAUGGAGUUGAAAGAUUUUUCUACGGCGAUGUUUACGAACGGCUGCAUCACGGCAUACAUGAAGGCGUCGAACUUAUGAUGGGUUAUACAACUGACGAGGGCAUUGUUCAGUUUGCGUUUUCGCCAAAAGAUAAUUUCUUUGACAAUUACAACAAAUACGCACAGUGCUUCGUACCCAUUGAUUUAGCUCUAAAAUGCCCAGCGAAAGAUCAAUUGGCAAUCGGUCAUAAAAUGAAAAAUCAUUACUUCGGCGACAAACCCGUUACAAAAGACACUGUCGAUGUCCUAAUAAAAUAUUUGUCAAUGCAGCUAAUUACCUUUAAUGCUAUUGAAUAUGCCAAAUUCUUCGCUCAAAUGGAUAGGAACAAGUUAUUUGUCUACCAAUUUGACAUGUACUCUGAAAGAAAUAUUUGGACCGAAGAGUUUGGUGGAGGUCCAUACAUAAGCGGAAAGAGUGUCGGCCACUGCGAUGAUUUAACGUAUUUGUUCAGUACUGAGAAAGUUAAAGCUGACCUAACCGCUAAGAGUAUUAAACUUAUAAAGAAUAUGACAAAAUUGUGGACAGAUUUUGCUAGAUUCGGUAACCCCACUCCGGACAGCAGCCUGGGGGUCAAAUGGCCCGCGUUUGACCCCAAGAAGGAGCAGUACCUGGUCAUCGGCAAUGACCUCGUCGUGGCGUCACACCCAAAUAAAGAAGACUUCGAAUUCUGGGAGAAACUGCACCAACAAUAUGUCAAACAUUAGCUGUAACUAGACUCUGUAUUUUUAGGGGUUUAGUACCGUUUGGUAGCCAAAAUUUCGUAACCGGCUACAAACUGAUCUUGAUUUCCAUUUUGUAGCCAGUUACGUACUGGACCAGAGUAGUACCGUUUGGUAACUAAGUUUUGUAACUGGCUACAAUGUGGGAAUCAAAAUUCCCGGUUCGUAGCCGGUUACGAUUGGGCCCGAGUGGUAUCUUUUGGUAACCCAGUUUCGUAACUAGCGAAUACGGGAACGGGAAUACAAAAUUCCCUGUUUGUAGCUGGUUACGUAUUGGGUCCGAGUUACUGAUCGGAGUUUCUACCAAAUUGAAGCUAGGACGCUUGACAUACGGACAGACGGACAGAGUAAAACUAUAAAGGUUCCGUAGUCAACUAGGUUGACUAGGAA